GACGGAUACGACCACGACGACGAUCACGACGACAACAGCAACAGCAACAACAACAACAGCAACAACGACGACGACGACGACGGAGGGAAAAGCUGACGUUAAUAAAAGUGUCGUUAAAGUCGUUGAUCAAGGCGGCAAACAGUUUCGCGUUUACGCGCGUCUUUUCGCGUUGCGUUUCGUUUGCGCCAAUCCCGCGACCGUCGCCGUGCAGGACGAGGACGAGGACGAGGAAGAUUCGAAGAACUGGAACGAGAACUACCGUCAACCGAUCCGAAGAUAUUUCCUCGUCGUCGAGAACGCGCCUACGUGCUAACGCGUUUCUCAUCGCUAAACAUUAUUAACUUUCUUUCUUUAUUAUUAUUAUUAUUAUUAUUAUUAUUAUUAUUAUUCUACGGUGUUGUGUGAGCCGCGAGCGCGCGCGCGCGCGCUAAAAAACAGUGUAAAUGGCGCUCUCAGCACAGAACCAGUCGACGUCCUACGUGAACUUGUACUACUCGAUCGUCCAGCGUGCGGCGACGCGAUACUUUAAGGAAUACUACAAUUCCGAUACUGGCGCGCCCUACGUAUUGUACAAGGACAACAUGGAGAGACCCCAAGGGCAAUGGGGCCCGGGGCCGGGAUCUCUCCAGGACGGGGGACUGUAUCCUCAACAACAACAACAACAACAGCAGCAGCAGCAACAACAGCAGCAGCAGCAACAACAACAACAGCAGCAGCAGCAGCAACAGCAGCAGCAGCAAGGUUCCUCCUCGUCCGGUAGUCCACAGCAGGCCUGUGGUCCUCCCGUCGAAGGAGAAAACGGUCCUCCGCCCUCGUUGGCCUCCCCCGUGCCCUCCCCUUAUCCCUCGGCACCUCCCGAGCCUCAAGCCUUAACCCCGGCCGAGGACGAUAUACAAUCUAAUCAAACCACCUCUCAGCAACAACAACAACAACAACAACAACAGCAGCAGCAGCAACAACAAACCCAACAACAACAACAACAGGUUCAACAACAGCAAGUCCAACAGCAACAACAGCAGCAGCAACAACAACAGCAGCAGCAACAAUCGCAACAGGACCAUUCGCCGCAGCAGCAAUUGACGCCACACGAGGUGGAUCGAAGCGAUUGCUUUCCAGGUGCCGGGGAACUCCAACAAUAUCCACAGCAUUAUUUCAAAGAGGCCAGGCCUCAUCCGUCACCGUCCGUACCGCCGCACAUGCUGACGCCAGGCGGUUUCUCGGCGUUACACUAUUUGAAGCAACCCGGGGUGAUGCUAACGUCCCUUGGUCAAGGAGACGGCGGACCCGGUGGCCUCGAGGCUCACCAGUACGCGAGCCCAGGUGCGCCAAACAUGGCGACCGGUCUACCCGAUAUCGUACAGCAAAGUGGGAAAACGUCGAAAGGCGCUAACAGCGACCUACGCCUCUUCAAAUGCCUCACCUGCGGCAAAGACUUUAAGCAAAAGUCGACUCUGCUACAGCACGAGCGGAUCCAUACGGACAGUCGGCCGUACGGGUGUCCAGAAUGCGGGAAGCGGUUCAGGCAGCAAUCGCAUCUGACGCAGCACCUGCGCAUACACGCGAACGAGAAGCCCUAUGCUUGCGUAUACUGCGAGCGUACGUUCCGACAGCGUGCCAUCCUCAACCAGCAUCUGCGCAUCCACUCGGGUGAGAAGCCAUACCAAUGUCCGGAGUGCGGAAAACACUUCCGUCAGAAGGCGAUCCUGAAUCAGCACGUCCGCACACACCAAGACGUGAGCCCGCAUCUCAUCUUCAAGAACGGGAUGACGCCGACGCUUUGGCCGCAAGACGUACCGUUUCCACCGGAGGAAGGCAAGGAGGAGGUAGCCUCGACCUUCGGCGACACGGACACGCAGUCGGGUGCGUUUAGUCCCGCGCCAGACGCGAAUUCCAUCCAGUAUCCGGCAUACUUCAAAGACCCGAAAGGCGGUAAUCACGCGGUGUUCGGUGCCGGUGGUUCGAGCAGUUUCGGCGCGCUACAAUAUAUAAAACAGCAAGGGGGUAGCAAGAGCUGCCUACCGGACGUGAUACAGCACGGUCGUUCCGCGGGAAUGCCUCUUUACGUUCGUUGUCCGAUCUGUCAGAAGGAGUUUAAGCAAAAGUCGACUCUCCUACAGCACGGUUGCAUACACAUCGAGUCGAGACCUUAUCCCUGUCCGGAAUGUGGCAAGAGGUUCAGGCAACAGUCCCACCUCACUCAGCACUUGCGCAUUCACACGAACGAAAAGCCGUACGGUUGCGUUUACUGCGGCCGUAAUUUCCGACAGCGUACUAUCCUUAAUCAGCAUCUGCGCAUUCACACAGGCGAGAAACCGUACAAGUGUCAACAGUGCGGCAAGGACUUUCGUCAAAAGGCGAUAUUGGAUCAGCAUACGCGUACACAUCAAGGCGACCGGCCGUUUUGCUGUCCAAUGCCAAACUGUAGGCGACGAUUCGCGACCGAGCCAGAGGUUAAGAAGCACAUCGACAACCAUAUGAAUCCGCACGCGGCCAAGGUGCGUAGGAACUCGAGCAGCGACGCGAAAGCACCCGGUACGCCUACCGGUUUAGGACCCGUGCCGGUACCGCGCGGCCUUACACCUACCGUUGUUAAGCCCGAGCUAUACUUUCCUCAGUGUUACGCGCCCGCGUUCAAUCAUCAGCCGCCGGUAUCGACUGCACAGUUCCCCGGUCAGACGAACGGGGUAUCCGUGGCUGGCGAGUUCAAACCACCUAGCGGACUGCCGCCCCAGUGACUAACCGUCCAUCCUGCCGCCUACUAGCAAGCAGGAAUACCGCUGACGUUUCAGCGAUCCUUUGCUCAUCGCUUCGAGGCCGGGCCAACCGCCGCCGUUGCCGCCGUCGCCGCCGUCGUCGCCACCGCCUCCACCACCAUUGCCACCACCUCAAACGUCACCACCUCCAACGACAGAUGCGGACAGCAGCAGCUGAUUCAGUAACGCAUUCUCUACGAUCUCUACGAUCUUUUACGAUCCUCUUCCUCGACUUGUUCGGCAAACCUACCUUACCCGCCUACCGACCUACCUACAAUACUUACUUACUUACUUACUACCUAUCUGUCACUUAUCGCCUUUCCUUUCGAAACCGACGACGCUCGGUCAAACGGAAGAAAGAUUAUCAGCGAUAACAUACUCUCGUCUCUUCCUCCGUACGUAUUUUUUAUAUCGUUCGAUCGACGGCUCUCGCCUUUCUUUCCUUCCUAUGGCGCUCAUACUGUCCGAUCGUUUUAAACUCGUGGGAUAAACGGCUCGAGUACAUGUUCGAUUAUCGAUUCCUCAACGUCGAUAUUUUACUUGUCUAUAUUUCAAGGAGAAAUAUAGAAAGAGAAACAGCCAGAGAGAGAAAGAACAAGAGAGAGAGAGAGAGAGAGGAACAGAAAUUGGCGGGCAUUUCUGCAAAAGCAAGAAAGGAUUACACGACCACGAGACUAGUACAUACCUACGUCUCUUGUACAUAUGUAUGUAAAAGCCGUUUUUCUUUAAAGGAAGAAAGGAGAGAGGAGGAGACAGAGAAAGGGAGAGAGAGAGAGAGACAGAGAGAGAGACAGAGAGAGAGAGAGAGAGAGAGAGAGCAAAAUCACGCAACCAGAAAAAAUAUGCGUAUUCGGUAACGCGAACUUAGCAUGAUUGCGAUACAGUGCAAAAAACGAGAAUUCAAGAGGACCUGUUAGGAGAAAGAAAGAUAGAGAGAUAGAGAGAGAGAGAGAGAGAGAGAGAGAGAGA